AUGCCUCAGAAGACCACCAGCAAGUAUUUGCUGAUGAUACCAAUAUUCAAUCGACUAGCUUUCGGGCAGUGUUGUCGUUUUGUUAACCAUCUUUCGGGACUGAAAUUGGACGAGGAGAAGAAGGCCAUCAUUUCCGAGAGAACUGCCAAGUACUACGAGGAGUAUGAGGAAGCUGCUCGUGUUCUGGAGAAGGCUAAGAGCGACGCUGCUGCCUCUGGUUCAUACUUUGUCGAGGCUGAGCCAAACUUGGUCCUUGUUGUUAGAAUCAAGGGUAUCAACAAGAUUGCUCCAAAGCCAAGAAAGGUUUUGCAGUUGUUGAGACUUUUGCAAAUCAACGCCGCUGUUUUCGUUAGAAUCACUAAGGCCACUGCUGAGCUUUUGAGAUUGGUUGAGCCAUACGUCGCUUAUGGUUACCCAUCUCUGGAGACUGUUAGGGAGUUGAUCUACAAGAGAGGAUACGGUAAGCUUAACAAACAAAGAGUUCCUUUGACCGACAACGAUAUCAUCGAGAAGGUUUUAGGUCAAUACGGUAUCAUCUCCAUUGAGGAUUUGAUCCACGAGAUCUACACCGUUGGCCCAAACUUCAAGCAAGCCAACAACUUCUUGUAUCCAUUCAGACUCUCCAACCCAGACGGUGGAUGGGGUGUCAGAAGAAAGUUCUUCCACUACAUUCAAGGUGGUGCUACUGGUAACAGAGAAGAGCACAUCAACAGCUUGGUCAAGAAGAUGAACUAA